GCAGUAAGGGUUGGUCAAGAAGGAGCCGUAGGAAGGAAUAGCUUUGCAGGAAUUAAUGGCAGAGGAGUCCAUCGCCAGCAGAAGACAAAAGAAAAUGAUGGGCUUAAUCAAGGCUCCCUAAAAUAAAAAAGAUAUUAUUCCAUCCUUCUUUGGUGGCUCUGUUUCUCUGUUGCUUUUUGUAUCUUUGUACUCGAUAUGUAUAGUCUUUAACAGGCUAAACCAAGUUUUAUAUUGGUUCAUGGCCUUCACGUCCUUCAAAUUCAACCCCACCGCCUGUUUCUGCCUUACAAGUUACAUGCAACUCAAACUGAAUCUCCCAGCUGUCUUCUUUCUUUUCUUUUUUAUUUAGUCAAAGCCCCAUAGAACCUCUUCAUAAGUUUUUCAGCUGUUUCUUUUCUCUCUUCUCUCUCGGAGAUUUCCCUUCUUUUCCUUACAGGAGUUUUAAGUCUUGUUAUCCAAAGUAUGGUUUUUUAGCACUCGAAAUUGGGCCUUUUCUUUUUGGAGUUUUAGUUUAAGCUCCAUUUCUUGAAGAUGCUAUUUCAAUUCGGAAAUGGGAAAUUCAGUUAAUUCUUUCUUCCGCAAAACUGAACUCUCCGUCGGGACAUCAUCAUUCCUUUUAUAAUUGCCUUUCCCAAUGCAUGUACGUGAUUGAUAUUGCAGUCAUGGAGUUCAAGAAAGAGAAGCUAGUGAGAUUUAAUGAAACUCAGCAACUGGAGAAACCAUUGCCUGUAUAUAAAGUUUCUGACCCAUUGUUGAAAACUGGUGGUGCAAGUGAUUCGCACAACGGCCAUAAGAUUCCUGAAUUUGGUAGGUUUAAGGUAUUCCCAGAGAAUCAUGAACCAUGGAGGAAGCAGAUUCUUGAUCCAGGAAGUGAUGUUUUCCUGCAAUGGAACAGGGUUUUCCUCUUCUCUUGCCUGGUAGCACUUUUUGUCGAUCCAUUGUUCUUUUACCUUCCGUCAGUGACCAACAAUAGCUUUACUUCCUGUAUGGACACUGAUUUGAAUUUGGGGAUUACUGUGACCUGUUUUCGAACCUUUGCCGAUAUAUUCUACGUAUUACAUAUUGUGGUCAAGUUCAGGACAGCUUAUGUAGCGCCCAGUUCAAGGGUUUUUGGAAGGGGUGAACUCGUUAUGGAUCCCAAAAAAAUUGCCAGGCGGUAUUUGAAAUCAGAUUUCUUCAUAGAUCUCAUUGCGACCUUACCUCUUCCACAGAUUGUAAUAUGGUUCAUCAUUCCAGCACUUAGAAGCUCCCAUUCUGAUCAUACCAACAAUGCGCUUGUAUUGAUUGUCCUGCUCCAGUAUGUUCCACGAUUAUAUCUGAUUUUUCCUUUGAGUUCUCAGAUCAUCAAAGCCACUGGAUUAGUCACAAAGACUGCUUGGGCUGGGGCUGCAUACAAUCUCCUACUAUACAUGUUGGCUAGUCAUGUCUUAGGGGCCUCAUGGUAUUUGUUGUCAAUUGAGCGUCAUGCAACAUGCUGGAAAUCUGUUUGCAGACAUGAAUUGAGUCCUGUAAGGUGCAAACUCCCUUUCUUGGAUUGUGGUUCUUUGACCAAAGAUGAACGCAAACUGUGGCAAAACAGCACUCAAGUGUUUAGCAGCUGUUAUCCAGAAAACAGUACUGUUCUUGAUUAUGGAAUAUUUGCAAAUGCUGUGACACAGAAUGUUGUCUCCUCUGACUUUCUAGAGAAAUAUUUCUAUUGUCUAUGGUGGGGCUUGCAGAACCUCAGUUCCUAUGGCCAGAGUUUGGCUACAAGCACAUUUAUUGGGGAAACCGCAUUUGCUAUACUCAUUGCCAUCUUAGGUCUGGUUUUGUUUGCCCAUUUGAUUGGAAAUAUGCAGACCUAUUUGCAAUCCAUCACUGUCAGACUUGAAGAGUGGAGGCUCAAGCGACGAGACACUGAGGAAUGGAUGAGACAUCGCCAACUUCCCCAAAGCCUGCGAGAACGAGUUAGACGAUUUGUUCAAUACAAGUGGCUAGCAACUCGAGGGGUUGAUGAAGAAUCAAUCUUGCGUGCUUUACCCGCAGAUCUUCGUAGAGACAUCCAGCGCCACCUUUGCUUGGAUCUUGUUCGACGAGUCCCUUUUUUCUCACAGAUGGAUGAUCAGUUACUUGAUGCCAUAUGUGAACGCUUAGUGUCCUCCUUGAGUACCCAAGGCACUUACAUAGUUCGUGAAGGUGAUCCUGUUACAGAGAUGCUUUUCAUUAUUAGGGGGAGGCUAGAGAGCUCUACUACAAAUGGAGGCCGGACAGGUUUCUUCAAUUCAAUUACUUUGAGACCUGGUGAUUUUUGUGGUGAAGAGCUGCUUGCAUGGGCAUUGCUUCCAAAAUCUACACUCAACUUACCUUCUUCCACAAGGACAGUAAGAGCGCUAGAGGAAGUGGAAGCAUUUGCAUUGCGGGCAGAAGACCUCAAGUUUGUGGCCAAUCAGUUUAGACGUCUCCAUAGCAAAAAGCUACAACAUACAUUCCGUUUCUACUCUUACCACUGGAGGACAUGGGCUGCAUGCUUUAUUCAGGCUGCUUGGCGUCGACACAAGAAAAGGAUGAUGGCAAAGACACUGAGCAUGGGUGAGUCAUUUGCACUUUCUGUUGAUGAACAAGUGGGUCGUGAAACAGCUCAAGAGGAGGAAGAGGAUAGUAUGGCGUCCUUAACUUCUUCUCAAGCAAAACAGAACCUUGGAGUCACAAUACUGGCUUCGAGAUUUGCUGCAAACACAAGGAGAGGAGCUCAGAAAAUCAAGGAUGUUGAAAUGCCCAAGUUGCAAAAGCCUGAAGAGCCUGACUUCUCAACAGAGCUAGAUGAUGAAUAAUUUGACCCUGGUUGAAUAUUUGACAGCCACAACUCUUACCCCAAUGGCAGAACCUAUCAUGGAAGUCCAAUGAUUAAUGUUGAGAAGGUAUUUAGUAAAAAUGCUUCAAGCAUUAAGAUGUGAAGUACCUAGUAAAUAUUGCAUUAAUUCCUAGGUGGUGGAAGCUAGUCAAUGUAAAAGGUGCAUGCUCGUUCUAAUUCUAUGAUAUUGGUCAGUCUAUACAUGUAAUUGUAGCAUGUGGUGUUCAAAGUAGGUUUUUGCUAUAGUUUAUGACGCAAUGAGAAAGCUAUGAUCUACUCACAAAGUGACUGUUAAAAUUACUAAUAAAGGAUAAACUAUGAUUUGUAGGCGUA